CCCUAUGACCUGACCUGGUACGAAAUGGAUGGUACGAUAUGACUUGGGUACGAAGUGACUAUGAUUCAUUAUUAUAGACUGGUUUUGUGUUUCAUGAUACUACACCAGUGUAUUGUUACAGCCUGAAGAGAAUCUUUUACAAUUUAAACUAAAUUGUACCACUUUAUCUAAUUUUCAGUGAUACAUAGAUGCAACAAUGCCUUGUUGGUACUUUGAUAAGAGAGAAAUCCGUAAUUCGCCUUCUUUGCACAAUCACAUUGAGGGUCCUGUGGAGUCACGGUACAGACGAGAAGGGGCUCGCUUUAUCAUGGAUGCCGGCACCAAGAUGGGAUUGCGUUUUGAUACUAAUGCAACUGGAGUGGUAUACUUCCACAGAUUCUACAUGUUCCAUUCAUUCAAGGCAUUCCCUCGAUAUGUAACUGCUGCCUGUUGUCUUUUUCUUGCUGGCAAAGUUGAAGAGACUCCGAAAAAAUGUAAAGAUAUCAUCAAGAUUUCACAGAGUCUGUUAACCCCACAACAGUUUGCUGCAUUCGGAAGUGAUCCCAAGGAGGAAGUUAUGACACUAGAGAGAGUGUUACUACAAACCAUAAAGUUUGACCUACAGGUGGAGCACCCAUAUGGUAUUCUUCUCAAAUAUGCCAAAUUUCUUAAAGGUGACAAGGAACAGAUACAAAAGAUGGUUCAAAUGGCAUGGACUUUUGUUAAUGACAGUAUGUGUACUACCCUGUGUCUUCAGUGGGAACCAGAGAUCAUUUCAGUGUCACUGAUGUACCUGGCAUCUCGGCUCUCAAAGUUCGACAUUCAGGACUGGGACGGCAAACCAAAUAUCCCCGGCUGUCGGAAGAAGUGGUGGGAGUGUUUCAUAGAGGACAUGUCCAUGGAGCUGAUGGAAGAUAUCUGCCACCAGGUUCUGGAUCUGUAUUCUAACAAAGGGAAGACCAUAGAGGAUUCCCCUCCUCCUAGUCCGCCCCCUAAGGAAGACAGUGUCACAAGAACUCCAGGAUCACGGUCAGGGUCAGCAACACCUGUGAAGAAACCAGUUAAAAAGGAAAUUGCACAAGACAAGGAGGUGGAGGCCCCUACGAGUAAAAAGGCUGUGAUGACCAAAAUGGACAACCAGCGCGGCCACCAUACAAAGGAUGUUAAGAAACCUGUAAAGGUGGAUUCCAAACAGCAUAAGAUCGAGCCAAUCAGGACCCUGAAACGGCGAGCAGAACCUGUUCCUGAGAAAGAUUCCGAGGUUCCACAGCCGCCGCCAGCGAGUGCACCAAACAUUCCACCAGCCGCCGGGCCACCAUCAGCUCAAACACCCGUGUCAGAGCCAGGCACCGGAGACCAGUACACCAUGUUUAACCCAUACGUGUCAACAGGGAUGUACACGUCAUCGUUCAUGUCUCAGGAAGGCUCCCAGAACAUCCAGACACUACUGACAGGUGGUCCUCCACCCCCUGCUGCUGCCAACCAGUAUCCCCAAUAUCCUCAGCCUCCUCCAGCAGGCAACCCAGCCUAUCCUCCUGCAGGAUAUCAGCAAGGAGGGUAUGGUCAGCCUCCUCCAUCCUCCUAUCCUCAGCCCAACUAUCCACCUGUCAGCUCCGUCGCGUACAACGGAUCCUACCAGGUGCCUCCCAGUUAUUCAAGUCCUAUGCCUGCUUACCCUAAUGCUCCUCCACAAGGCCAGCCUCCUGGCUACCAGCCUCAGUCUUAUCCCCCCUAUCAGCAGUACCCUCCUCCCCCUAUGGUUCAGGGCCAGUUUGCCCCAGGCCAGGCCCCACCAGGUCCUAUGGGGGAUCCAAGACAACCCAUGCCGGCAGGUCAGAACUAUAAUGCUGGACCAAGAGUGCCAUGGACCCAGACAGCAUCUCAAACAUCUUCCACUGGUCUGGCUCAAGUUCGUAUAACAGGCACAUCAGGCAGGAGAUAGGGUUAUUCAUUGUAAAAAAAACAGAUCUUUCGAGCCAGAUGGAUUUUGCUGCUGUUCACCAGGUAGCAAUAAAAGUUUAAUUUGGUGAAUGUAUUUCAUAAUCAGUUUGCAAGAAAACUUGUCAAGUAUGGCAUGUUUAUUAUGUUUUUAAUUUGCAGCAUUCUGUGUGGCUUAACAAACUUGAAUGUGACAGGAUACAAAAUAAAGUUAAUACUUUUUAUUGCAAAACACUGCCAUUGUGUCAGAGUGUGUGAUAGAAACAAAACUUAAUGUAAACUGGUAUAAUUCCUAAAGAUUGAAAAACAGCUGUUGACAUGGUUUGUGAGGGUUAAAAAUUCAUCUGUAUUGUGUAUGUGACUUUUGUUUGUAAACUAUAAAUAGUUGUGAAGAUUCAAUGAUCUUCAAAACGGUGGUCACUUGCAUUAUUCAGAUUUGGGACAUACUCAUUCAGCAGAUUCUAGCACAAUUGUUUCACAAGAAAAUGGCAGGGAAAGGUUUUUCAGUCCGUUUACCAGGGCUGCACACAUCUUUCGAUCCGGGACCGUCAUUUCAUCCAUUCAUGCCUCGGAUUCCUCCUAAACUGAAAGUUGUCCAUACCCUUACUAACAUUACCAUAAACUGUACAAACAGUACUGUAUGGAUGUUCAUUACUUCAUUGAAAUUAAUGUAAUAAAUGCUGGAAAUGAA